AUGUUCUGCUAUCUGCGCUGCCAUAUUGAAUCCCACGAGAAAAGCCGGGAUCGUGAAAAAGGUCGGCAGGCCACGGGCCCCCUGUGGCUUCACUUGGCUGCCCAGGCAAAGAACCUGGCGGACCAGUUGAACCUACAGCAGCUCCUAGAGGUUCUCAAGCUCUUUUGCUCGGUCCGCUACGAAGACUACGAGCUGUACAUGCGCUUACUCGGUGAGGUGGCCCGUGCCGGGCAGGAGCAGCUUUGCCAGCUGCUGCGGCUCAUGGCGCGCCGGCGCCUCCGUGAGCGGAACUAUGCCCGGGCCCCAUCUCCACAGGUGGACAUGGCGGUCGCGCACCUGCUCAGCAAGAUUCGCUUCGCGGAGGAGCUCCUGUCUGGCAGGCUCCUCGUGAAGACGGCGAACGCGUUGGCAGCCCUGGAGUGCCGGUCUCAGCCAAAGUUCGUGGAACACUUCAACCGACACUUCGAGCACCGCAUUGAGGAGUUAGAUGCUGAGCUGUGCUGUAUGGUGUCGCCGGUCUUCCUGGUGAACUACAUGGGGGACGCCCUCCGGCGCGCCUUCCUGAAGCGCUGUGCGGAGGUCCAGGCCGGCUUUACGGGGGGCUUCCCCAUCCGUUCCCUCGCCUGCAUCGAGCUGGCCUUGCGGAAGGAGCAGCACUCGCUCGUGGCAUCCCUGCCGCCUUUCGUGGUGCGCUAUCUGGAGAAGGUGCGAGCCCAGACGGACUUCGACAAGUACGGCUCGGUCGUGCUGCCAACAACCGUUGCACCAGAUGGUCCCAGAGGCGACGAACGCCAGGAGCUCUCUGUCGCCCUCUUGCGCAAGGCUGCGACGACUCCUGGCAGCUCGACUGGAGAUGUCUUCAGCUCCGAGAUGCACCGCGACGUCAGCGCGUGUCUGGGCCACCUGGGCAUCGAGCAUGAGAAUGGAGUCGUGACAGGUCCCUACCUCUUGGAUGUGGUGGCGAAGGACAUGGUCAAUCCGUCUCGACGAAUCGUGUACGAGGUGAAUUCGCCACAUCAUUUCUAUGAGGGCACCAAGGACUGA